GCGUCUGUAUGGUGUCUAACAAAAAACGCUUUUUGAUCGAUCUUUAACAACACCUUAUGUAGCCCCACACCAACCCGUUAAAUCCCCUUAAGUUAGUGAACAUUGCACGCACUUUAGCAAUACGUGGUUUCUGCUUUCUUGCCUACAUUGGUUCCGGUUUGCGGUAAACUUUCUCUUGUCGCCGACGAAGGAGCUGAGGCGUUACCUUUUUUCUUUUGUCCUUUCUUACGUCUUCCAUUGGUGACACACAACCCCAUUGCCAGCGCGAUGAGGCUUCUCUAAAUUGCACGCCAAAGUUAACAGAAUAGGAUUUAACUGGGCUUGGAAGGCGCAGCAUAUAGCGAAAACUUUUAAUAUAACCUUUACCGCAUUGAUUUAUAAUUUGAAACAUGCAGUGCACAGUGUACAUGUGUUGAGUUUUGGUCAGCAUGAAUCGUCCGGCGCAGCUACGGUUCAAUAAUCGUCAUGGAAACGGUUUGGAGGAAGUGCAAUCGGACCAAAAGACGAAGGACUUCCCAAACUUUACGUCAUCAUCACUAACGGCAUCCAGAGUCCCCGGUGUGAUUUCCGCGGCUGCAGUUUCUACAGAAACAGCUUCAUUAUCAUCACCGGAAGCCAGCAGCAGUUGCGAAGCAAUUUCGCUCAAAACUAGCGUGCCGGAAUCAGCCCCAACAUCACCACCGAACCGUCCAGGGGUACCACUGCACAAAAUAGCAAAUCACACGCUGGUUGAGGGAAUGAGCCCAGUGUCAGCGUCGCAUACAAUCCUGUUCGACUUGGAUUUUGCAAACACCGAGAGUCCGCAUUAUACGCUCGUUGCAACUGAGCCCCCCGCUAAGUCGAUCCUGGCAAGGCCAUCAUCGCUUGUUGCCAAGGAAACUACUGGCCACAGCCUGGUGAGCGAAAAAGCAAUCACCAGCAUCGCGAUGCGUGAGCACUUGCUCUACCGAUGGCAGCGAAUAGCUAAGUUGCAUCGCAAAUCCGUCUUCAACUAUCUGCUCCCCUUAUGCGUGCUUGUGGGGCUGCUGAUACUAAUUUACAGCUUCCGCGAAACUGCCAAAGGCGUACUGUACUGGAUCGAAACCCAAAACAGUUGGGUGAUCUUUGUGAUUUUCCUGUGCAUGUUCACAAUCGUUAGCUUUCCGGUGACCGUCGGCUACUUAGUGCUGAUAAUUGCCAGCGGUUACCUAUUCGGGUUCGGGUUACGUGGUCUGUUGACGGUAGUGAUAGGUGCGAAUCUCGGUGUGGCCGUAGCACACAACACGAUAAAGGCGCUGCAGAGUAAACUGCCGCUACAUAAGCUCAUCAAAAACGAAACCGGACGAGCGAUCCUGCGGGUAAUAUCAGGACCGAGAGCAUUUAAGAUUGUGCUGUUUGCCCGUUUGACGCCAAUACCGUUCGGGUUGCAAAAUACCAUCUUCGGGAUCAGUUCCGUGAACACGCGGAGCUAUCAUGCCGGAACAAUUAUUGGGCUGCUACCCGCUCAAACCAUCAAUGUUUAUCUUGGCUCGAAACUGCGGUCGAUCCACGAGGUGCUAAAUGAUCACAAUGCCGCGCUUGGUUUAGCCGGAUACGGUGUGUUUGUGGUGGAGGUGAUCGUCGGAGCUGCACUGAUGGUGUGGGUCAUACAGAAGGCAAGGAUGGAACUGUCCGCGGCCCUGUUGGCGACAGAAGCUGAUUCUGACGAGAAAAUAUUGAUCGAAAUCGAAGCAUAGUAUAGAGAAGCGUCGCAUAGAACGUCUUUGGCAAAUUCGCAUUGACGGUUCGUCAAUUUUUGCACGCUCUAGUGAGAUAAGUCAAACUGUUGAAAUGUGAGCUGUUAUAGGUAGAAAGGUUAUUUAUUGUCCUCCCAAAGAGCUCAUUAGUGUAAAAAUGGGGAGUUCACAAAAAAUAACCAUUUGCAUUUGUGAACACAAUCUCGAACUCACCAAAUCAGAACUCAUAUGGCAUUUGAACCGGGGUAGUGAGCGAAAGCGCCCAGCUACUGGCAAGUACCACUAUUCGUCGACUGUUUAGCAGAAGCCGUCCAUACAGCAAAACAAACUUUGUUAAACUAUUUAUAUUGUCAUUUCUUCAAAACUCCUGAACAGACUAUUGCUCUAAAAGCUGCAGCUUUAGACGCUGUUUGAUAUUUAAAAUACAGAUACGAA